UUUCAAAGUGAAAGUGAAAAUUCCGACAAUCUUAAAACUCGAAAGUUAGAACUGAAACUACUUGUAGUACUUCACUUGAUAACCGAGUUACUGCCUUCAACUUUCCCUAUCUUUCGAAAAACAGAAUCCCGAAGAAAUGGAAGACAGCCAAACCAAAGCCACCAUCAGCAGCCGACUCCAAACCAUAAAGCAAAAAUCAGGCAAAACCUACAAGCAGUUAGCGGAGGAAACUGGGUUAACGAACGUCUAUGUAGCUCAGCUCCUUAAACGCCAAGCUCAGCUCAAGCCUCAAACCGCCUCUAAGCUACGGUCAGCUUUGCCUGACCUCCCUGAGGAGCUUCUCCAUGAGAUGAUGAAGCCACCCUUGCGCUCCUAUGAUCCUAACCUUAUCCAAGAACCAACUGUUUACAGGUUGAAUGAGGCUGUUAUGCAUUUUGGUGAGAGUAUAAAGGAGAUUAUCAAUGAAGAGUUUGGUGAUGGCAUCAUGUCAGCUAUAGAUUUCUACUGCUCUGUUGACAAAGUUAAUGGAGUGGACGGGAAGGAACGCGUUGUUGUGACAUUUGAUGGGAAGUACUUGCCUUAUUCUGAGCAGAAAUCAGAGCAUAUGGUUUCAAGACAACGGCAGAAAUGAAGUUAAUGAACAGUCAGAAGAUGCUGUGAUGCGGAUGCGAUAAAAACUCCUGUUUUUCUUCUUAAAGGAAUAAGUCUUUGCUGUGUUAUGUAGCUGUAUUCUGUUUGAGUGAGACUUGGAGCUACUUGUGGAAAACAAUAAACUUUGUUUGUGUACUCAAUAAAUUUGAACUCCUCAUUGAUAAUAUCAAGAAUUCAGGAUAAUUUGAGCAUUCACAGUUUUCUGCCUUAAAUUUCAAUGGCCUUGGAUGCUCGUUU